ACGUUGCUUGAUAGUACAAGUAGCAUUAUUAUUUUUUUUUCUUAUAUAGAGACGCGUGCAGCAUCUAGUAUAUAAAACAAAGCGACGCUUUCAUUAGUUGUUGUAUUUGGUGCUUUGUUUAUAUUUUAUAAAUAAUAAAUUAUGAAAUCAAAAACAAUUCACAAGUUUUGGACGUUGUCGGCGUUGCUGUUAAUGCUGUUUGCUUUUGUGUCCGUUCGGAGUCAGCCCUUGUCGCCUCCGGAUGACGCUUUCAGGCAACGACCCAUUCUAUUAAUCGAAAACAAUGCGAGCCCCGAGGAUGCUAAGAAUUAUCAGAUUACAAUUGAAAAAGAUGCCAAGCCGGGCGAGCCCUGUCUGACCAUUAGUUGGAAAACCAAUCCGGAUGGCAGUGGUCCAGCUGACCCCAAAAUUUAUAUGGUCAACGGUUACUUUAAGAUUAAGCCAUACUCCCCAACCAAGACUUAAUAAAUCUGUAUUUAUUUAUUUAACAUACUUAAAAGUUCAACAAAAAACUAAA